UUGAGUUGGAUUUCUCCUCAAAAACUUCUUCACCUUCUCUUUUUAGGAAUUUCAAGUUCAGUUGAACAAAUGAAUCCAACUCCAGCAAACACUUCUGUUAAUCCACCAAAAGAUGCAAUUGUGCCACUUUCUGGAAAUCCAUUCUUCACUUGCAUCAUUUCAAAGUCUCAUCUACCACCACCCCCAUGCCAAGUGUCAAUUCCGGCAACUUUCUACCCAUAUCUUCCAUCUGAAUCUCUUCCGGUUGUGCUCUCCUAUGGAAACAAAUUAUGGAAGAUGACUUACUGCGUGAAUGGCCGCAUAAGACGCCUCUAUUGCGGGUGGGAAAAAUUUGCUACUGACAACAAGCUGAAAAUCGGUGACGGUUGCAUUUUCGAGCUGAUCGACUCCAAGAACUUGCAAUUUAAAGUCCAAAUCCUUCCCGGACAACUUCCUUCUAAUUCAAAUCCAACCAUCAAUGACAAGAGCUCUGAUUCCCCCAGUUUUAUUAAGUGAAGCCGAAAAGAUACGAAAUUGGAUGCACACAUCAACUAUCCAUGUCCAAAAUGUCGGUGAGCCAAUGCGAAGGUCAGCAUGGACAACAAUUACAUCCUCUGCUCAAAAUGGUAACAACUCCAACCCUGUUUGUUAUAUUUGUAAACAUUUGAUUUCAAUGUUGCCAAUAAAGUUUUGUAAUUAGUGUUUUGUUUUACCAAUUACUGAUUUGAACAAACUGUUUGUUAUUUUUGUUAACAUUUG